GUCAGAAUGGUUUGUAGGACUCCUCGCGCCAGCCUGUUUUCCCAAAGUCUGGCUGUGCCUUGCCGUAGCCUGGGGUGAACAUGUCCCCAUUCAAUCUGACCGGCUCGACACUAGCCACGUUCAUCCUGACUGGGAUCCCAGGCAUGGAGCAGUUGCACGUCUGGAUCUCGAUCCCAUUCUGCUCCAUGUACCUGGCAGCCCUGCUGGGAAAUGUUGUCCUGCUGUUCACCAUAUGGACCGAGCACAGCCUCCACCAGCCCAUGUACCUCUUCCUGUCCAUGCUGGCCAUUGCCGACCUCACGCUCUCCACCACGGCAGUGCCCAAGAUGCUGGCUCUGUUCUGGUUCCGAGCCGGGGAGAUCUCCUUUGGCGCCUGCCUGACCCAGAUGUUCUUCCUGCACUUCACCUGCUCGGCGGAGUCGGUGAUCCUGUUGGCGAUGGCCUUGGACCGCUUUGUUGCCAUCUGCUUCCCGCUGCGGUACGGGGUGGUGCUGACCCCAUCAGCUGUGGCCAAAACGGGGCUGGCAGCUUUGCUGAGGAGUUUCUGCGUCAUUUUCCCCUGCAUUUUCCUCCUGAGGCGGCUGCCAUUCUGCGGGCACAACGUCAUCCCGCACACCUACUGCGAGCACAUCGGCAUCGCCCGCCUGGCCUGCGCCGACAUCUCCGUCAACGUCUGGUACGGCCUCAUGGUGCCUUUCACUGUGGUCAUGCUGGACCUGGUCCUCAUUGCUGUCUCCUACGGCUUCAUCCUUCUGGCACUGUCCAGGCUCCUGUCCAGGUCUGCCCGCCACAAGGCUUUCCACACCUGCGGCUCUCAUGUCUGUGUGCUGUUCCUGUUCUACAUCCCCGCCGUUUUCACUGCUCUAACGCAACGCUUUGGUCGGAACAUCCCCCCCACGGUCCACAUCCUGCUGGCCAACCUGUACGUGCUGUUCCCGCCGCUGCUAAACCCCAUCGUGUACGAGGUGAGAACACAGCAGAUCAGGGACAAGGUUGUGAAGGUGUUCGUCUGCCCCAAGAGCCACCUGCUGAGAUGAUGAGAGUGAAAAUGAUGGACACCUAAAUGGGACUCCAAACUCCCCGCCCCAAAUUCUCUUUCAGGCAAUGUCCCCAAGUCUUCUGCUUCCCCAGUCAAAUACAGAACACCCAACAUCCUCACACCACUGUCGCCAGGUUU